AUGGCUGUCGCGACCAUGAUGCCCGCAACGCAUGCGCCAAUGGAAAGUCGGAAGCAUUACAAUCAGCCUUUCAACGCAAUGCUCUUAUGCGAAAAGCUUGAAGCCUUGCAAUGGCAAGAGUCCGAUCGAUUAAACCAACGACUGCCGUACUUCCCGCAUAGUGCAGCACAACAGUUUGUUGCGACUACGACCCCCCAGACUUCCGCCAAAGCACCGAAUGAGCCACGCACUCGUCGGCCCCUCGCUAUCAGACAACGUUCGAAGCCCAUUUUUACGGCGGAUGGUAAACCCUGUGUUGACCCCGGCCGCCUGCAAGCAGCGCUUGAUCAAGCGUCCCACACACAGUCUCGCAGAGUAUCACGCUCUGAACAUGGUCACGAUCCCAGCAGUACUCAGGUUCAGGCGCAAGGCAAUGACACCGUUGAACGCAGCGAGAGUCGGCGAUUGUCCUACCAACCUGGCGAUGCAGCAGACCGCCGCCUUAUUGUCAAGCUUGACGAGGUUCAACCCCAUUCUCAGCCAAACGUAAAGCUACAUGCUGUCGAGCAUGGCUCUUUGGCGCAGUACGAACGCGAGCCUGACACAGCCGACCAAGACGACGUCCCGGCUUUUGGCACGAUCAGCAUAUAUACCGAGUGA